GUGAGAUGUUGCCACCGGCCUGCGUGUCAGAAAACAUCAUGAAGUGGCUUCUGCUCCUGAGUUUGGUGGCGCUUUCUCAGUGCCAGCUGACAAAGGUCUCCUUGAAGAAGGGGAAAUCCCUCAGGCAGAACCUUAAGGAACAGGGCUUGCUGGAGGAUUUUCUGAAAAAACACCCUUACAACCCGGCCUCUAAGUAUUUCCCUAGCUUUGGAGACCAGUUUGCUACUGAGCCGCUGACAAACUACAUGGAUGUUGAGUACUACGGAACCAUCUCUAUUGGCACGCCAGCUCAGAAUUUCACUGUCAUUUUCGACACCGGCUCCUCCAACCUGUGGGUGCCCUCUAUUUACUGCUCCAGCCUAGCCUGCACAAACCACAACCGCUUCAACCCAUCAGACUCCUACACCUAUGAGUCCACCAAUGAGAGCCUCUCCAUCCAGUAUGGCACUGGCAGCAUGACCGGAAUCUUGGGCUAUGACAUUGUCCAGGUUGGAGGCAUUAUGGACACUAACCAGAUCUUUGGCCUGAGUGAAACUGAGCCUGGUACAGCCUUUGAGUACUCUGAAUUUGAUGGGAUCCUGGGUCUGGCCUUCCCCAGCAUCGCCUCUUCUGGAGCCACCCCUGUCUUUGACAACAUGAUGAAUGAGAGUUUGGUGUCUCAGGACCUCUUCUCCGUCUACCUGAGCUCCAAUGAGGAGUACGGGAGCUUUGUGAUGUUCGGCACUAUUGACUCAACUUACUACAAUGGCAGCCUCAACUGGAUCCCUCUAUCUGCGGAGACUUACUGGCAAAUCACCAUGGACAGCAUUACCAUCGAUGGCGAGAUCGUUGCUUGCUCUAACAGCUGCCAGGCUAUCAUUGACACCGGCACUUCUCUGCUGGCUGGGCCCUCUACUGGCAUCUCCAACAUUGAGUUCUACACUGGUACCAGCAACGGCACGGUCAGCUGCAGCGCCAUAAGCAGCCUGCCUGACGUUGUCUUCACCAUCAACGGCGUUGAGUUCCCUUUGCCCGCCAGCGCCUACAUCCUUGACUAUUCAGGCUCUUGUACCUCCGGGUUUGAAAGCACUGGUGUCCCCACCUCCUCUGGGGAGCUCUGGAUUCUUGGAGACAUCUUCAUCAGACAGUACUACAUUGUCUUCGAUAGGACCUAUAACCAGGUGGCCCUGGCACCUGUGGCAUGAUCACAGCACCAUGCGUGGGACACUUCUAUGGAACAGUGAUCCUGAAGAGUCUCUGUUUUCCUAGAGUCCCAAUGCCACCUACUGAUCCACUUGUCCUCUGUCCUGUAACCUUACCCACAGUAGAAUAAUGGAAUAUAAAAGCAGCAGAUUUAACCAGUGUUGCUUGGGUCCUUAACACACAUAAGGGAGGAGUGCAUGUCUCUGAAAUAUAUGGUAGAUAGCUGUCCCUUUCUCCACUUGUCCCCUACUGGCUCAAUGGGUAAACUACUCUACUGCAAUGCAGAGGGCAGAUGGAGGCAGUGUGGGCCAAAUGGAGGCUUUGUUUCCAUGAGCUAGCUAUGCUCUGUCUUGGUCAUCAGUGUUAUGUCCAAACAGGCAUUAAUGCACACAGAUAUCGAUGUAAUCUAGCAGGAUAACGAAGUCCAAGCUUUUCCUGAUGUACUUAUUCAUUUUCUUAUGGAGAGUCCAUGGCAGGGCUGCUGUUUCUCCACCCUUGUGGUAUGAUGCUCUCUUAAACUGUUCCUCAAUCUGUGGGACCAAGGGACAGAGCUGCGCUGCAUAUGGAGUAUGGUGCCUCCUGCUCGCACCCAGAAGCAAAGCAUGGGUUUUCCAGUUCACCUUCAGCAAGGAGAUAUCAGCCAGAGUUAUGGUGGUCUGUAAACAAGAUGAGAGUGACUACAAUUGUUUCCAUGUACACCUGCUGCACAAGCAAGGCACAUUAGGAAUUCUUUACCUGGCAACUCUUCCUUCCUGGCAUCACAUGCAAAAUUCUGUAUUCAGUAACCCUCCCUCUAUGCCCACACUCCUUUUCACUGUCUGGCAAUGUUUUUUUUACCAUCCUACUCCACUUCCCAUCACAGCAGCUGUGACUUUGAUAGAAGGAUAUUAACACAAUUGUGAGGUUUUCCAAUAACCCUUAUUUUCCCUUGCCAGCAAGCAUUCAUUCAUCACUCUGUGUGUGACCAUGUUUGAAAGGGAUCAAUAAAGACAAAACUGAUGAAGA